AUGGCACUGGCUAUUGGGGUGUCUCACAGGCAGCCAACACUGAAGAGUGAUGAGAAGCCUGUGGCCAGUGUUCGCCCUGUGCAGUCCACCCCCAUCCCCAUGAUGCCCCGGCAUGUCCCACUGGGAGGCAGUGUAAGCUCUGCCUCCAGCACAAAUCCAGCUAUGAACUUCCCAAUCAACUACCUUCAGCGUGCGGGGGUCCUUGUGCAGAAGGUGGUCACCACAACAGAUAUUGUUAUUCCUGGACUCAACAGUUCCACAGAUGUACAGGCAAGAAUUAAUGCUGGUGAGAGCAUCCAUAUCAUCCGUGGGACAAAAGGGACGUACAUCCGUACCAGUGACGGGCGGAUCUUUGCUGUCCGGGCAACGGGCAAACCGAAGGUCCCGGAAGAUGGUCGGAUGGCUGCCUCAGGUUCCCAGGGGCCUUCUCUCGAGUCCACAAGCAAUGGCAGACACAGUGCCUCAUCACCCAAAGCCCCCGACCCUGAGGGGCUGGCCAGGCCCGUCUCUCCAGACAGCCCGGAGAUCAUCAGUGAGCUCCAGCAGUAUGCAGAUGUGGCUGCCGCCAGGGAAUCCCAGCAGAGCUCCCCAAGCUCCAGUGCUGCCCUGCCUGGCCCCCCGGCCCAACUUGUGGACAGCAGUGCUGUUCCUGGGACAGCUCUCGGGACUGAGCCUCGACAUGGGGGUCAUUGCCUCAAUAGUUCCCUCUUAGUGACCGGCCAGCCCUGUGGUGACAGGAACCCGGUGUUGGACUUACGGGGCCAUAAGCGGAAGUUGGCCACACCACCUGCUGCCCAGGAGUCAGCCCGCCGGCGGUCCAGGAAGGGCCACCUGCCAGCCCCCGUGCAGCCGUAUGAACACGGGUAUCCAGUUUCUGGCGGGUUUGCCAUGCCACCCGUCUCCUUAAAUCAUAACCUCACCGCUCCCUUCACCUCCCAGGCUGGGGAGAACUCCUUGUUUAUGGGCAGUACCCCCUCCUACUACCAGCUGUCCAACUUGCUGGCAGAUGCCCGCCUGGUGUUUCCAGUGACUACUGACCCUCUGGUGCCAGCAGGCCCUGUCAGUUCCUCUUCCACGGCUACCUCAGUCACUGCCAGCAACCCCACCUUCAUGCUCAACCCCUCUGUUCCAGGGAUACUACCCAGCUACUCACUCCCAUUCUCACAGCCGCUCCUGUCCGAGCCGAGGAUGUUCGCGCCUUUUCCUUCCCCUGUCUUACCCAGCAACCUUUCACGGGGCAUGUCUGUCUACCCAGGCUACAUGUCCCCACAUGCAGGCUACCCAGCUGGCGGCCUCCUCCGGUCCCAGGUGCCUCCAUUUGACUCUCACGAGGUUGCUGAGGUGGGGUUCAGCUCCAAUGACGAUGAGGAUAAGGACGAUGAUGUGAUAGAGGUCACUGGGAAAUAGCUGGGGAGCCCCUCUCCACCUCACUUGGGGUCCCCGGCAGGUUGCCCACCAAGCUGAAAGGCAGCAAUCUGGGCUUUCUGAGAAUAGGGCACUUGGCAGGAGGGAAAAGGAAGAGGACAAAGAAAGGUGGUUGACCACAAUGGCAGGGCUCUGUUGCUAUUUAACAUAAGAGGAGGAAAAAAAAAAAAAAAAA